GUCAGGUCGGCCGCCCCUGACAGCUCCGGGAGCCUCAGGCGCGACAGCGGCGCCCUCACCUCGGGACAUCCACACACCGACCGCUCCUGCUCCAGCGGCAACCACCCCGCGCGCCUGGCCUGGGGCCGUGCAGCGAAGCCCAAGAGCUGGCCUCGCCACGAAGGAUCCACACCAACCUCCUUAUAAUCCUUCUCAAGGGCAGUCAUGUCCUCACUGGGUGGUGAGGAUGGAGUUGUAGGACUCAACUACAGCUGUGGAAACCUGGGGUGCUGAGUUAAUGGAGAACUCCAGCUUGGACUUCUUGCCAUCAUCAAUUGGGAGUUGUUCCAUGAGCAGGGAGGUGAACCCAGAAACAAUUCCUUCACCAGAGCUGUGGAAAACCAAGAAGCCCUGGAGAACCAUGCACUGGUCAGCCAGUUUACAAAUUUGGUCCAAAACGAGGUGCACCUGCCCAAGAAAGAUUAUAACUGAGGACUGGCUGUCUUGAACCUUGUUGCCACACACAGAGAAAACCCAGCUUUUCUUUCAAGGAAACCAAUGCCUGACCUUGCCAACCAAUGAAAAGGUUGCCUAAGAGCCUUGCCCAGAAGUUUUAUCAGUUAAACUCAGACAGAGAGAACAAAGAGUUUCACUCUUGUUGCCCAGACUGGAGUGCAAUGGCACGAUCUCAGCUCACUGCAACGUCUGCCUCCCGGGUUCCAGCAAUUCUCCUGCCUCAGCCUCCUGAGUAGCUGGGAUUACAGGUUGAACCAGCCAAAUUUUCGAGACAGCUCACGGCUUAGAGGAAGGCUCAUCUAAAUAAAGGCCAGCUAAAGUGACAUUGCAGGGAUUAAAUCCUUCUCUGGCUGCCUGUGUGACCAGAAGGCUUAUUUGCAAGUUUCUUCUUUCCCGGGGUUCAGAUUAUUAGGUCUCCAGGGCCCUGCGGCUUGACAGCAAGAGAAGCACGAAAUGAAGGUCAGAGAUGAGCUCCCGCAGCAGGGUCUUGAGGUCCUCCCAGGGGCAUUUACACACCAGAGUGCAAGAUUCUCUGGCCAUCAAGGGGAAUAGCAAACAGAAGCCUUUGUCCUGGGGCACAGCCACCUACCACAAAGCAUCAGACUCCACGUCUGGCCAGAAAGUUCCUGGAGUCCCAUCAGGGCAGUGGGUAUGUAACGUGUGCCUAAUUGUACAGCUAGAGCUUGCAAGUUCAAUGUGAGGGAAGGUGGGAAAUGACUUGAGUGAGGUGAGCAGCUCCUGGCUGGGCUGGGCAGACUCAGCUACCACCUUCACUGCCCUCCUCUCACUAAACCCGAGAGGGCGGCUGCUCAGCUCUCAGGAAAACUCUCUUGAACCCUGGGCACCUGCUGUCCUCAGUUGGCAUCUCCCACCCUCUGAGCCUCUUCUGCUCCUGCACAACCUGCCCUUGAUCGGUGGCUCUUUGCUGAGAUGGAGACGUGAGCCACCGUGGACGAUGACUGCAGUGUAUACAAAUGGAGGCGGCCUGGUGAACCCCCACUAUGCCCGGUGGGAUCGGCGCGACAGCGUAGAAAGUGGCUGUCAGGCCGAGAGCAGCAAGGAGGGCGAGGAAGGACAGCCCCGCCAGCUGACGCCCUUCGAGAAACUGACACAGGACAUGUCCCAAGAUGAGAAGGUGGUGAGGGAGAUCACUCUGGGGAAACGGAUAGGCUUCUACCGAAUUCGAGGGGAAAUCGGAAGUGGCAACUUCUCCCAAGUGAAGCUCGGGAUUCACUCCCUAACCAAAGAAAAGGUGGCCAUUAAGAUCCUGGACAAGACCAAGUUAGACCAGAAAACCCAGAGGCUACUAUCCCGAGAAAUCUCCAGCAUGGAAAAGCUGCACCAUCCCAACAUCAUCCGCCUUUACGAAGUCGUGGAGACCCUAUCCAAGCUGCACUUGGUGAUGGAAUAUGCAGGGGGUGGGGAGCUGUUCGGAAAAAUUAGCACUGAGGGGAAGCUCUCUGAACCAGAAAGCAAGCUCAUCUUCUCCCAGAUUGUGUCUGCCGUGAAGCACAUGCAUGAAAACCAAAUUAUUCACAGAGAUCUGAAAGCAGAAAAUGUAUUCUAUACCAGUAAUACUUGUGUGAAGGUGGGCGAUUUUGGAUUCAGCACAGUAAGUAAAAAAGGUGAAAUGCUGAACACUUUCUGUGGGUCUCCUCCCUAUGCUGCUCCUGAACUCUUCCGGGACGAGCACUACAUCGGCAUUUACGUGGAUAUCUGGGCCUUGGGGGUGCUUUUGUACUUCAUGGUGACUGGCAUCAUGCCAUUUCGGGCAGAAACCGUGACCAAACUAAAAAAGAGCAUCCUUGAGGGCACAUACAGUGUACCGCCCCACGUGUCAGAGCCCUGCCACCGACUCAUCCGAGGAGUCCUUCAGCAGAUUCCCAUGGAGAGGUACGGGAUCGACUGCAUCAUGAAUGAUGAAUGGAUGCAAGGGGUGCCAUACCCUACACCUUUGGAACCUUUCCAACUGGAUCCCAAACAUUUAUCGGAAACCGGCACUCUCAAGGAAGAAGAAAAUGAAGUCAAAAGCACUUUAGAGCAUUUGGGCAUUACAGAAGAGCAUAUUCGAAAUAACCAAGGGAGAGACGCUCGCAGCUCAAUCACAGGGGUCUAUAGAAUUAUUUUACAUAGAGUCCAAAGGAAGAAGGCUUUGGAAAGUGUCCCAGUCAUGAUGCUACCAGACCCUAAAGAAAGAGACCUCAAAAAAGGGUCCCGUGUCUACAGAGGGAUAAGACACACAUCCAAAUUUUGCUCGAUUUUAUAAACUGCACUAGACUGCUUAUAAUUAACCGAGAUCAUUAUUGCUGCUUCUAAAUUUUUUUCAAGGACAACUUGAGUGGAGACAUUUUUGUAAUUUUUAAAUAAACUUAAAUUUGAGAUAUGCA